GGAAAAUUCUAUCUUAUUUCAGCGUACUCCACGCGCACCGGCGAAAUGUUUAGUUCACCACAGCGACAGCUGCCUGUCAUUGAUUCAUCGGUGAAUUGCAACCUGUUAGGAGGUCGAAUCUGCAAUUGCUUGUUCGUGUUGAGGGAAAGAAGAGGCUACUUAAUAUAUAGUGGGCCUCGGAGCGCAGAUAUAAGGCAACAGCACACCAGGCUUGUCCCAAAAUUAUGGAAUCCUAAAUGAUGACCCUGAGGCGACGCAAUUUUUACGACGCAGAGUGGGUAAAACACCCACAUCACGAGCAUAACUUCUACCCGUACCCCGCGAUGAAAUUAUAAAAGCGAAUAUACCUCAUGAAGCCACAAACGCCUUCUCUCCUGCUCGGAGUCGGAUCACUUAAUAUAUUUAAAGGAACAACAUGAUUCGCUUUCUGCUGCUACAAAACCGGCAAGGAAAGACUCGACUGAGUCGGUGGUACGUCGGCUACAACCUCUCCGAAAAGAACAAGAUUGAAUCAGAAAUACAUCGAACGGUGGCCAGUCGAGAUGCAAAAUUUACAAACUUUCUCGAAUACCGAAAUUACAAAAUCGUAUAUCGACGCUAUGCAGGCCUGUUCUUUUCGCUCGGCGUCGAUCAAAGCGAUAACGAACUUGCGAUGCUCGAGCUGAUACAUCUUUUUGUACUGUUUGUUAAAAAGAUUCUCUCGGAGCUUACCAUUAGGUUUGAAAAGACGUGGAAUCGAUACUCUUUUCUUGCUGGUUUCGCAUUACAAAGAUGCAUCUGUGCCUAAGCCUAUCGCAGAUAUAUUAGCAGCUUCUGCAACGUUAUAUACUUAUACCUUAACUACUUAUACUUUGCCUCUUCAGGUUCGUCUCUCACUUUUAUUUCAGGUUGAAAUUCUCGAUGGGUAUUUUGGCAAUGUGUGCGAGCUCGAUUUAGUGUUUCACUUCGACAAGGUGUACCUCAUUCUGGAUGAGCUUUUGCUUGCAGGCGAGGUGAGUGAAACGUCAUCAGCAUUGAUUCUCCAAAAACUAAAGCAGACAGAAAAACUGGAUUGAGCACGCCUGCACCCCUGCAUGCUCACUUUCUCCUUCCCCUUCUCCUCUGAACUGUGAUGUUGCCGUUCCUCCGAUUGCCCGUCGCGCAAUUUCUACUCUACUAGACUAGGUACCAAGUACGUACAACUACGACGCAACAAUCUGCAGCGAUG